AUGACUGGGCACGGCUUUGCCUCGAAUCAAGCCAUGUCCCCUAGCCCAGCUUGCAGCAACAUACAUACAUACAGUCAUACAUACAUACAUACGAGUACACCGGGCAUGCAUGACGACGCAUCAUCAUCACCAAUUGGUUGCGACUCUAGCUUCGGCCACCAUCUUCCGGCCGGCAAGCCACUAGAUCCACGGCCUGGUUGGUUGGUUGUUGCUGGAUCUAGCAGCGGGGUCUUGAAAGGAGCUGGGAGAUGCAGCAGGAAGAUCCAAUGGCUGAAGAGAGCUUCCCCCAUCGGAUCUGACGGCUUAAGCUGGGCAAAGCAAACCUCAGGAAAGUAA